GUGUGACCAUAAUGAAGUGUGACCAUUGUUUGCUUAUUAUUAUUAUGGUUUAAUUUGUUUUAUAUAAAAAGUGGAGAAAAUUGCAGAGCUUUAAUGGCGAAUCAUCCAAGAACCCGCAAAAGGGUCCAUGCUACUAUCCCACGCCGUGCCGCUGAUGGUAGCGCCUUUGAGAAGUGUGAUGUUUGUGGUGAAAUGGUGGCAAUUGCUUUGGCUGACAUGCACGAAUGCGGGACUGAGAAGAAAGAGCUGAAGAGGUUUAAGGGCAUUGUUGGAACUCAAAAUGUUGUCAAACCGACAGUUCCUUGGCAACCCAGAUCAGCCUUUAGUAGUUUCAUGGAAAGCUUUAUGAUCGACAACAAGAAUGGAAAUUUGAUUGAUAUUGAUAGAAGGGGCUUUGAGACUUGGAAAAAUAUGUGCAAGGAGGAGAGGCAACCUUAUGUUACUCAAGCCGAAAAGGUGAACUCAGCCUACACAAAAACUGUAAUUGAAGAGGAGAAAAAUGUUAAAGAGGUGGAUGAUGAUGAGGCUGAUUCAGCAAUGGUUGGGAAAUUUGAUCAGUUCUAUGAAGACAGUGAGUACCAUGGGACAUCUGAUAAUGAUGAACCUUACCAGUCUGGAGGACUUGAGAGCUUAAAGACGUCAGAAUGGGAAAUGCAGCAAUCAGGGACCGCUUAAGCACUCCAGCUCAAGCUGAGGACUGAACUUAAAAGGUUUCCAUUUUGUCAAACCUUUUGUUUAAUGUCAAUGGGACUAUCACAAUUGGCAGUGGUGGAAAAACUUUGCCACUUCAUCAUUUUGUGAAGGCAAGUCAUUUGGCUAUUGUAAAGUAGUUGUAGGAGUUUAGCUUUUCUACCAGAUUGGUAUUUGGUUUUGUUACUUGGCAUGGUUGAAGGGGGAGUUUCACACAUGAAGGGUUGAGAGUAAGCAUUUUUUCGUCCAUAUUUUUGUUUUGUAAUAUUUCUCUCAGAAUAUCUCUUUCAUACAAAUAUAUUCAAAGCAUC